GUCGUUGAUAUGCAAGUCUACUUCAGAAUCAUUAUGGAUUGUCCUGGUUCAUCAAGGCUUGUGGUGAGCGGCUCAAUCUGGCUUAUCUCAUGUCUUUCACAUUGGUGGGCUUCUUAGCAGCGUUACUAACAAUAUAUCUUUGGCAGAGAAUGGAUCUACCGACAGAGGACAUAUUAAAUAAUACCUCAGGAAACCGCGUAGGGAACGUCCCUCUCCAACUAAAGGCACUGCGUCGCCUAACAGCAUGUUUCAUAAAUACUGCGCAUGAGGAUGCUCCCAUGGUAAAGGAAAUUCCAACUGAAUACCAGCUUAUACGAUGUUCGAGGGAAUGCACCCUACCCAUGAGGUUGAUCUCAUUCCCAGUGUACUCCACCUGCAAGUGGGAAACGAUUAUUGGAAUUCAUCUUACGGAACAGUCUCCACCAGUCAUAGAUACUGGCACUACGCUAUCGUCUGAUCGACAUCCAAGGGCGUACAUUGAUAAUCAUAUCUCCCUUCCCAAACCCUUCAGUGGGUUAUUAACAGAAGUCAAGGAAGAACCUUGUGCUAACACACCACUGUUAUGAGACGCGAAUAGCCAGGUUGUCCUUGAAUGAGCUGAUGAUUUGUCUUAUUACAGUCGUUAUAAUAGACUCCGCACUGAAACUGCCCAAAGCUCCCUCAAGGUUAGAUAGCCGAUCGAGGGUGUUUCUGUAGGGUAAUAUACCCGCAUACACUGCGGUUCUCACUACUCGAUGUGGAGUCCACCUUACUCCGGGGCCUGGACACAGUCGACAAAG